AUGAUCGGUCGAAUCCAAGUCGGUAGGCGAAGAUCCCGCCGACUGUGGGCAAACCACAGCGGCGAUCACAACGGUAACGACAACGUGAGCGACCCUCCCCGCCAGCUCAGCGUCUCCGACAACGCUUUGAAGCGAGCCCACACGCACGACCAAGACUCUCAGCCGUCGCCAAAAUCGCGACGUAAGCUCGACAAUCCUGUCGCGCAAAGUGACGAGAACCUGAGCGGCGCAGAGAAUACAUACCUCACGGUAGGACCCAGCGAGGACGUAAUGGGUCAUCGCAAGCAGCAGGUCUCCAAGCUCAAGAAGCCGAUUCAGCCAGCAUGGGAGUCACUGGAAUACUCCAUCUUGGUUCAGAUCUUCGACUACCUCCAUGAUCCAAUGGAAAGAGAUCAUACGAAUCGAUUCCUCCUCAGCGCGGCCACGACCUGCAAGGCCUUCGCUGAGCCUGCCUUGACAGCGCUGCACAAGUACCCCAUUAUUUGCGGCGUAAAUAUUCUGCAGAAAUUUGUGGCUCACGUAUCGGACGGCUCUCCCCACACAUGGUGCAACUACCGUCAAAAGGUUGAAAUCCUCGUCAUUGAUGUUGGUGUGUGUGCGUUCGGUGCGGCCAGAAGCCUCCUUGGCAGACUCGUCUGGUCUCUUCCGCGUCUUGCCCACUUCAGGCUAUAUCACUACAAGGACGGGAAGCCGUAUCGUAUGCUGGAUGAGAGUCUUAGAUGGACGUACCCCUCCGACCUGACCCAGGCUCUGGGUAUCACAGGUGACGAAGCUGCUCCGACUAGACUGAAGAGUUGGUGGUGGAGUAAGAGAAUGAUCGACCCGAAACUGAUGCCCAACCUGCGCGAUGCGCAUCUCAAACCAAGCUUCCACGGCCUCCAGAAACUCAGCUUUGUCAAUUUCCAAACACCGUCUUUGCACUCUUCUAAACGGCGCGACAAUAACGCUAUGGCCCACGAGGAUGGGGACUACAUCUUCCAAAUCGCUGAUUCAAUUUCUGUUUUGCCUAAACUGAAACAUCUUGUGAUGGAGUCAUCUACAAUUGUCGAUGGUCGUCUACUGUCCCUGCUCCCUACCACAAUUCAGCAUCUUGAGCUCAUCAAUUGCUGGGAGGUCACGGCUGAGGAUUUUUCGGCCUAUCUAUCAUCUCACGGUGGACAACUUGAGGAACUCACACUGAAGCACAACCAGUCCCUGAGUCUGAGCUUCUUACCCGACUUGAGUGAACACUGUCCAAAUCUUCGGGCCCUGCGCAUGGAUUUCAGAUUCUUCAGUAUACAUGAGUUCUACAACGAUUGUCAGCCUUAUUACGACUUUAUUCUAGAAGAUAACGAGAUUCCUACUUGGCCCCGAUCCCUCCAGGUUAUUGAGUUGCAAAAUCUUGGAGAAUGGAUGCUGUCAGCAGCGAAGAACUUCUUCCAGAGCCUCGCCGACAACGCGCCUUUGCUGGUCAAUCUGAGACGUCUGGUGAUCAAGGCAACACUGGAUAUACCUUGGCGUGAGCGGUGCGAAUUCAGAGACCACUGGGUAGCCAAGUUGAAUGAACUAUUCGCGCGUAAGAUGGAGAUGCCUGCUUCGGCUGGCUCGUCAAGUGUUGUGCCUCGACAGCGAGGACAGGAGACGCCCCGACGAAAUCGCCGCGGUACUGUGACUCCCACACGCCGCAGCACCCGUAAUGCAGCUGUCCACGGCAGUGAUUCUCCCUCGCAGCGCAACGGCGUCUCAAGAGAUCUACGCAAUCGGACACAACCCAGCUCAUACAGAGAUCCUGACACCGACGCCGAUGACUCGACUUCGGAGUCUGAGCGGGAGCUCGAGUCAGAGAAUGGACCGCCUAUGUCUGAGGAUGCUGUAACGAGUCUACCAUCUGUCCAGGGCAUGUGUGAUGUCGUUGACGUCCUAAUCGACAACCAAAAACCGACCGAGCACCAGUAUGGAAUGGAGGAUUUCCUUGAUGGGUAUGCAGAGGAUGAUGAAGUGAAUAAUUACGAUAACGAGGAGUGGGUUUCAGAUUUCUCUGAGGACGAAGACUAUGCUUGGUAA